UUUGGGACCCCUGUACGAGGCAAAUGAGAGAUCAUUAGGCUACGGCUUUCCAACUUUCAAGAACUUCCCAUUUGCUUGUUUUUAUUUCACCGUGCGUUUAUGUGCGUUGGUCGUAGAAUGUUGUUCAACAGGUAUGACUUGUUGUCAAGCAGCCAUCUGACUUCUAAUGUAGGCUAUCAGGUUGCUACGUUUCCAGGUGAAAAGGGUCGAAGUUAAUAGAUUCUGAAUUCUGUAUUUGUGGUUAGUUAAUUAAGUAUGAAUUUAAAAACGUAGACUAUCAAUAAGAACAAAUUAAAGUAAGAGAGGGGAGAGGAAGCGAUCAGAAACGUCUGGACCUGUGGUUACUUCGAAACUUGACGAUUAGUCGAAACUGGAGGGGAAAGUAUAUGGCUUCUAAAAUGCUGGCUUGUGUACAGUUCUGUGUUGGUUUGCUGGCACUGCUGCAUCUGUCCAAGGCAAAAGUUAUCUACAACAAUGAUGAAGUGUUUCUGCAGGAACAGGCGGCUGUCUCCUUCCUCUCUCGCUCCCUCCUCUACAACAGCUGGGACUUUGAGGUGGUUGUGCCCGACAACCUGGAGAGGGAAUGUAUGGAAGAAAUGUGCUCUUUUGAAGAGGCACGGGAAAUCUUUGAGGACGACACGAAAGCGGAACUGUUUUGGAAAGAUUAUGUCAGUAGUCAAGAGUCGACCCCACGGGUGGACAUCUCGGGCCUGGUGGCUGGAAUCCUGGCCCUGCUGGUGUCUGCUGUCCUGGCCACUGUGCUGGGCUGCUACUGCUACAAGGCCCGAGCCAAGCCCGGGAGGGGCAGCCGCCGCGUUCCCGUGAUGACCCCGGGAAAUAUGCCCCCACCCCCAGUGUUGAUCCCCCUGUCUGCCGUAGCCGCCCCUGGACUGCCGUCCUACAGAGAGGCCCUGACCCAGAGUGGACAGCACGAUGCACCCCCACCCCCCUACUCUGGGGGAGCGCCAUCAGAAGCACCCGAGCCAGCGGAUGAGGAGUGAGGUGAAGAGGGGCUCAUUCCAACUGCUUUUUUUCACCUCUUUUUUCUUUUCUUUCCCGGUAAUCGAUCGAGGUCCGCCAUCUUUAAGGACAUUCCAACCUGUGAAAUGUUAGAAGUUAAAAACGCCCGAACUUUCCGGGACGUAGAAAUGUUUCCACCUCUUCCCAUCUGCCAUGUCUGUGACUGACAUGACUUCAAACUGACGUUUGAAAAAGCAAGGAAAUUUCAUUUGCCAAAUUCACGUUUUCUUUUUCUCACUGCUCCCAACGGGUGGAGCUGGGAGUAGGAGCCGGAGCAAGGAAAAAAGAGGUGAAAAUAACCGAUUGAAAAGAGGCCAAAGAACCAAGAAGUGGGAAUGAUAGACAAGAUCACUGAUGAAAAGGGGGUUUGCGCCCCGGUCCUGCCGGUUCGGCGUAUGGCCGGCACGUGAGGGAGCAGGGACUCGGUGGGAUCGCCUCAUGCGUGCGUCCCUGAUCGCCUCGGAAUCACCGUCCGGGGCUGGAGCUGACAAAGAAGAAGGCGCGCUGUUCUCAUUCAGGCUGCUGGGGGGCAGGGUUGUGGUGGGGUUUCCUCAGCUGCACACAGGAAUUUACAAUAAAUAGGCCUUGGAAGUCUGACGUAACCCAGAGCAAAACCGUUGGCCAUGUAUGGAUUUCCGGAUCAAAGCAUUUUUCUCUAUGGGAAAAAUGAAUGGCCUUUUCACAGAACCGUGUCUGUCGCAGUCUGUAAUUUAAGACUGCGUUUAAUAAUUGGACGUUUUUACCCGGACGUUUUAUUCCAGCUGAAAUAGCCGUUUCGUUAGCCUAAUGCUAACAGCACGCCUGCUAGGCGUCGCAGCUGCCGGUUCCAUAAGAAGGGUUCCGAUGGCUCGUCAAUGCCACCGUUAGCCAGCAAAAAAGUUUUAAGCAACGGCUCAAAUAACUUAGGGAAAUUACUAAAGAGAACACCAAGUUGUUAUUAUGCUUAGCCGUAGCAAUUUGCUUUUUACAUUUACACAGAUUUUUUUAGACCACAAAAAUUGGAUUUAUCAAAUUUAUUUUUUUCCUUUAGAAACACACGUCAAAAUGUCAAUUUAUUUUAAAUGAUUUUUAAAAAAUGUAUCCCAUAGACCAUCAGAUUUCUUGAUCCGGAAGUGUAGAAAAUGCUAACGAACCACAGAUAUUUCCCAAGGGAAUGACGACACGACUUCUGAGGCCCAAAGGGAGUGAAGCGGAAGUCCCGCUGAAUGGCAUUUCCAGUGUACUGCUAGGUGCUAUGCUAGCAGAUUUCAUUAUAGACCGCAACAACGAUUUCAUGUCAGCAAAUUAAGCACUAAAUUGUUCCACAAACAAAUUAUCGCUAUACAGCUUAUCGUUACUUUUUAAAACCUUUCGUAGUUACGAGCGUAUGGUCAGAUUUGUGUACCAGAUACAACAAAAAUGACGUUAUCUAUCCUCCAAUGGCCAGUUUUAGUCUAUCUUGGCGAUCUAAAACGCAGAACAUGACUUUAUACACACUGAAAUCCCAUCGUAUUCAGUAUAUAUCUAUGUUUUUAAACCAUGAAAAACAUACUUUGAAUCCAGACUUCAACGUAGUUUGCUUAUAUUUCGUUUUCGCCACUCUAUUUAAUAGGGAUCAGUAUACCGGGAGUAUCGUUCCUGCUUUACCUCCCUGAGGAUGUUUCGGGGAUGAUAACUUCCCGGAAACUCGGCCUCCCACAAUGCUUUGCCUUUCAUAGUGACAACAUUUCCACAAAUGGCUCAUCCUAAUCCCAACGGCAGUGUGUGUAUUCAUUUAUCGCCCUCUUGCAAUUAAAAAAAAUCUGAACUGCCAUUAUUCCACAACUUAUAAACUUGAUUACAAAUAGGAUACAUUUGUGUAAUCAGUGGCCUAUCAAUGGCAACCUGCAACCAAUGUCAAGCACAAUUGGGGGGGAAAAAGGUGAAUGUUUUUGGUACGUCCUGUGGGACCGGCCAACCGACGAUAGAUAACGUCAUCUUUGUUGUUGCGACCGAGCGCUCGUAACUACAAUAUUUUUGAAAAAAAUAAUAAAAAGCUGCAUGUCGAUCAUUUGCUGAUGAUAUAGAGCCUUGUAAUUUAAUGCUUCAUUUAAUGCUUCCUGUGCUUGUAUGAAGUUGUUGCUGUUGCCGUCUAUGAUGAAAUGCGUUAGCAUAGCAUUUAAGCAGUAUACCAGAAAUGCUAUUCAGCAAGACAUCCGUUUUACCUUCCCAUUCGGAGAGAAAUGUACAAAAUCAGAAACAAAUUUUAAAAAGAAAGGGGGUGAACCGGGGGGAAGGAUGGAGGCUUGAACCAGAGGUGAUGCUCACGGAACUGCCACACUGCGACCAAUCAUGUAUUCAUCCAGUGUCGUUACCAGAGCAUGUUGUUUAAUUCAAGAAAUGUUUUACAGUGCCUUCAGCUGUAGUUCGCACAUCUAGUGUAUUUUCAACUCCAUAUAACCUAUUGUUGCUGUGUGCCUGUGUAUUUAUGUCUCUUUAAUAAAAUACUGUAGUUUUAAUACAA